AUGAUCUUGGUUUUGCAGGAUGAGAAUUCUGCUGAGAUUGCUGAAGAAGAGCUAUCACCGGGCCGAGACCUAUGGAGACGAGGCAUUGUAUUAGAUUUACCAUCAAGAACACCUGAAGAUACAGGAGUGGAUCCAUUGAGACGAAAUGCAUCCUUAACAUCAAGUCCUGUUGCCAAAAGAGUCAACUUUUCUCCAAUGUCGAGCCCUAGAAUCGGGCAACGUGGUGCAUCCCUGAGUCCUUCCUCCUCCUCUUCAAGAAACAGACCUCAUAGCCUGAAGAAUCUAAUCCCAAAGUUGAGCUUCAAAAACCGGUACAGCAAUAACAAUAACAUGGAUAUCGAGAAAGCUGAGGAUUUGGCCUUUGCCUCUUCUCCUUCUUCAGGCAACGGCAGGGACAGGUCCACAUGGACUCUCACUAAUAUUUUAACUCCGAGAUUGAAGAAAACUGAGUCCUUGCCUGUAACCCCUAUAGCUCACUCGAAUCCUGAGUCCAUGCACGGGAGAUAUAUGGUUGAUCCAGUUACUUCCAUGAAAAAAGGGCCUCCUCUGCCUAUUCACCGUUCACGCUCUGUCCCGGCAUUUAACAAAGAUGGAAGUUUAAGGCAGUCAGGUGUUUUCCGGGUGAUUCCUACUCCGAACAUGACGCCAGCCAGAAAUAUUAUAAAACUUAACGAUUCGAACGUUGAUGGAGGAGAAGAUGUUCCUGAAGAAGAAGCCGUGUGCAGAAUCUGCAUGGUCGAAUUGGGAGAAGAUUCAGAAGCCUUCAAGAUGGAAUGCAUGUGUAGAGGCGAACUAGCUCUUGCCCACAAAGAAUGUACAAUCAAAUGGUUCACCAUUAAAGGAAACCGAACUUGCGAUGUGUGCAAGCAAGAGGUUCAGAAUCUCCCUGUGACACUUCUUCGCAUGCAGAAUUCGCAGCGUAGUCUUGGAGCUGCGGAUACCGAGUCUGCUCGCUACAGGCAAGUCAAAAUCCAAACAACACCCCUUGGAACAAAAACAAAAACGAUUUUUAUGGAUAUUAUUAACCGUUACUCUUGUCCUUUCAGUGUGUGGCAGGAUGUUCCAGUUCUUGUCAUUGUAAGCAUGCUUGCAUACUUCUGUUUCCUUGAGCAGCUUCUGCUGACGAAAAUGAAAUCCGGCGCCAUUGCAAUAUCUUUACCAUUCUCUUGCGUUCUUGGUCUUCUUGCCUCGAUGACGUCAACAACAAUGGUGAAGAAGCAAUAUGUCUGGAUUUACGCCACAGUACAGUUCGGUCUUGUAGUUUUGUUCUCUCACAUUUUCUUCUCAUUGGUUCACAUGCAGCCGGUUGUGACCAUUCUAUUAGCCACAUUGGUUGGGUUCGGACUCACCAUGAUCGGCGCCACGGGUGUAGCCGAGUUUUCAAAAUGGAGGAGAAGCCAUAGGACAGCUGAACCACCAGUUCAGACAACAGAUGAGAGCAUGUCUGGAUCAUGA